AUGAACCUUGCAGUGAAGAUCGGCAUGAACACCUUAAGAGCGAACCUUGAGGGCGCUCAGCGGCAACAGGAGUUCGAGUCCAUGUAUGGCGUGAACGCGGAGCUCUUUGACAUGGCUGAUGAGUACAUGACCAUGGACGAGUUCCCUCCAAAUGAGCUGCUGGAGUAUUUCAAGACGGCCGACGUCAAGAAAAGCCUGAGGACUGUCUUGCUUCACUUCAGCGACAUCUCGAACCCCAUGAAGCCGUUCCCCAUUGCAGAGAAGUGGGCGGCUUUGGUGUUGGAGGAGUUCGCUCUCCAGGGAGACGAGGAGAAGGCUUUGGGCAUUCCGAUGGGGCCGCUGAAUGACAGAGACACGGUGAACACGCCUCUGUCGCAGAUUGGCUUCAUUGAGUUCGUUGUGGCGCCGCUGGCUCUCUCGCUGGCGCGUGUUCUGCCACCCCUUUGGUUCAGCAACCAGAUGAUCCUGGACAAUGCGAAUAUUUGGAUGGACAAGUGGAUCGAAGGCACCCUCCUGAAGCCAAGCUUAGAGGAGCAGGUCAACGUCCGUGAGCGCAUCCAUCGCAUGGUGCAGAAGACGGAGCAGCGGGGCUACACGGCCACAAUGACC